AUGAACAACAACGUGGUAUCAUGUGUCAAGGAUUCUGAUGCCGUCGUGGCAGCUGAUGGGAACAACAACGUGGUAUCAUGUGUCAAGGAUUCUGAUGCCGUCGUGGCAGCUGAUGGGAACAACAACGUGGUAUCAUGUGUCAAGGAUUCUGAUGCCAUUGUGGUAGCUGAUGAUAACAACAAUGUGGUAUCAUAUGUCAAGGAUUCUGAUGACUUUGUGGUAGCUGAUGAUAACAACAAUGUGGUGUCAAGUGUCAAGGAUUCUGAAGAUAACAACAAUGUGGUAUCAUGUGUCAGUGAUUCUGAUACUGUCAUGGUAGCUGAUGAUAACAACAACGUGGUAUCACGUAUCAGUGAUUCUGAUGCCGUUGUGGUAGCUGAUGAUAACAACAAAGUGGUAUCAUGUAUCAGUGAUUCUGGUGUUGCCAUGGUAGCUGAUGACAACAACGUGGUAUCAUGUGUCAGUGAUUCUGAUGUUGCCAUGGUAGCUGAUGACAACAACGUGGUAUCAUGUGUCACGGCUUCUGAUGCCGUUGUAGCAGCUGAUGAUAACAACAAUGUGGUAUCAAGUGUCAAGGCUUCUGAUGCCGUUGUGGCAGCUGAUGAUAACAACAAUGUGGUAUCAUGUGUCAAGGCUUCUGAUGCCGUUGUGGCAGCUGAUGAUAACAACAAUGUGGUAUCAUGUGUCAAGGAUUCUGAUGCCGUUGUGGCAGCUGAUGAUAACAACAAUGUGGUAUCGUGUGUCAAGGAUUCUGAUGCCGUCGUGGCAGCUGAUGGGAACAACAACGUGGUAUCAUGUGUCAGUGAUUCUGAUGUUGCCAUGGUAGCUGAUGACAACAACGUGGUAUCAUGUGUCAAGGCUUCUGAUGCCGUUGUGGCAGCUGAUGGGAACAACAAUGUGGUAUCAUGUGUCAAGGAUUCUGAUGCCGUCGUGGCAGCUGAUGGGAACAACAACGUGGUAUCAUGUGUCAAGGAUUCUGAUGCCGUCGUGGCAGCUGAUGGGAACAACAACGUGGUAUCAUGUGUCAAGGAUUCUGAUGCCAUCGUGGCAGCUGAUGGGAACAACAACGUGGUAUCAUGUGUCAAGGAUUCUGAUGCCAUUGUGGUAGCUGAUGAUAACAACAAUGUGGUAUCAUAUGUCAAGGAUUCUGAUGACUUUGUGGUAGCUGAUGAUAACAACAAUGUGGUGUCAAGUGUCAAGGAUUCUGAAGAUAACAACAAUGUGGUAUCAUGUGUCAGUGAUUCUGAUACUGUCAUGGUAGCUGAUGAUAACAACAACGUGGUAUCACGUAUCAGUGAUUCUGAUGCCGUUGUGGUAGCUGAUGAUAACAACAAAGUGGUAUCAUGCAUCAGUGAUUCUGAUGUUGCCAUGGUAGCUGAUGACAACAACGUGGUAUCAUGUGUCACGGCUUCUGAUGUUGCCAUGGUAGCUGAUGACAACAACGUGGUAUCAUGUGUCACGGCUUCUGAUGCCGUUGUAGCAGCUGAUGAUAACAACAAUGUGGUAUCAAGUGUCCAGGCUUCUGAUGCCGUUGUGGCAGCCGAUGAUAAGAACAAUGUGGUAUCAUGUGUCAAGGAUUCUGAUGCCGUUGUGGUAGCUGAUGAGAACAACAAUGUGGUAUCAUGUGUCAAGGAUUCUGAUGCCGUUGUGGUAGCUGAUGAGAACAACAAUGUGGUAUCAUGUGUCAAGGAUUCUGAUGCUCUUGUGGUAGCUGAUGACAACAACGUGGUAUCAUGUGUCAAGGCUUCUGAUGCCGUUGUGGCAGCUGAUGAUAACAACAAUGUGGUAUCAUAUGUCAAGGAUUCUGAUGACUUUGUGGUAGCUGAUGAUAACAACAAUGUGGUGUCAAGUGUCAAGGAUUCUGAAGAUAACAACAAUGUGGUAUCAUGUGUCAGUGAUUCUGAUACUGUCAUGGUAGCUGAUGAUAACAACAACGUGGUAUCACGUAUCAGUGAUUCUGAUGCCGUUGUGGUAGCUGAUGAUAACAACAAAGUGGUAUCAUGUAUCAGUGAUUCUGAUGUUGCCAUGGUAGCUGAUGACAACAACGUGGUAUCAUGUGUCAGUGAUUCUGAUGUUGCCAUGGUAGCUGAUGACAACGAUGUGGUGUCAAGUGUCAAGGAUUCUGAUGAUAACAACAAUGUGGUAUCAUGUGUCAAGGCUUCUGAUGCCGUUGUGGCAGCCGAUGAUAACAACAAUGUGGUAUCAUGUGUCAAGGAUUCUGAUGCCGUUGUGGUAGUUGAUGAUAAGAACAAUGUGGUAUCAUGUGUCAAGGAUUCUGCUGCCGUUGUGGUAGCUGAUGAGAACAACAAUGUGGUAUCAUGUGUCAAGGAUUCUGAUGCCGUUGUGGUAGCUGAUGAGAACAACAAUGUGGUAUCAUGUGUCAAGGAUUCUGAUGCUCUUGUGGUAGCUGAUGACAACAACGUGGUAUCAUGUGUCAAGGCUUCUGAUGCCGUUGUGGCAGCUGCUGAUGAUAACAACAAUGUGGUAUCAUGUGUCAAGGCUUCUGAUGCCGUUGUGGUAGCUGAUGGGAACAAUAACGUGGUAUCAUGUGUCGAGGAUUCUGAUGCCGUUGUGGUAGCUGAUGAUAACAACAAUGUGGUAUCAUGUGUGAAGGAUUCUGAUGCCGUCGUGGCAGCUGAUGGGAACAACAACGUGGUAUCAUGUGUCAGUGAUUCUGAUGUUGCCAUGGUAGCUGAUGACAACAACGUGGUAUCAUGUGUCAAGGCUUCUGAUGCCGUUGUGGCAGCUGAUGAUAACAACAAUGUGGUAUCAUGUGUCAAAGAUUCUGAUGCCGUUGUGGUAGCCGAUGAUAACAACAAUGUGGUAUCAUGUGUCAAGGCUUCUGAUGUCGUUGUGGCAGCUGAUGAUAACAACAAUGUGGUAUCAUGUGUCAAGGAUUCUGGUGCCGUUGUGGUAGCUGAUGGGAACAAUAACGUGGUAUCAUGCGUCAAGGAUUCUGAUGUUGUCGUGGCAGCUGAUGGGAACAACAAUGUGGUAUCAUGUGUCAAGGAUUCUGAUGCCGUCGUGGCAGCUGAUGGGAACAACAACAUGGUAUCAUGUGUCAAGGAUUCUGAUGCCGUCGUGGUAGCUGAUGGGAACAACAAUGUGGUAUCAUGUGUCAAGGAUUCUGAUGAUAACAACAAUGUGGUAUCAAGUGUGAAGGAUUCUGAUGCCAAUGUGGUAGCUGAUGACAACAACAAUGUGGUGUCAAGUGUCAAGGAUUCUGAUGAUAACAACAAUGUAGUAUCAUGUGUCAAGGAUUCUGAUGCCAUUGUGGUAGCUGAUGGGAACAACAAUGUGGUAUCAUAUGUCAAGGAUUCUGAUCCCGUUGUGGUAGCUGAUGAUAACAACAAUGUGGUGUCAAGUGUCAAGGAUUCUGAAGAUAACAACAAUGUGGUAUCAUGUGUAAGUGAUUCUAAUACUGUCAUGGUAGCUGAUGAUAACAACAACGUGGUAUCACGUAUCAGUGAUUCUGAUGCCGUUGUGGUAGCUGAUGAUAACAACAACGUGGUAUCAUGUGUCAGUGAUUCUGAUGUUGCCAUGAUUCUGAUGCCGUUGUGGUAG